AUUGUGACCAGCUUGACGUUCAUGUUUUCUGUUCCCUGGGGCCACAGUGUUUUCAACGGGACUCAACUUACCACUUUACUGGACUCGCCAUGGCCGCUUGAUCCGGCCUGAAAUAUCCCCCGUUCUUCGACACAUUUACACAAACUUUUUUCAGAUAAACUUUCGGCUUUUGUGUUAGUUUUUAUGUCAAGGAACGAGGAUGCAACCCCCACCGAGAAAGGUCCGGGUCACCCAGGAGCUGAAACACAUUCAUGCAGAGCAGUUGAGCAGAUUAAACAUCAAACACCAGACAGAAUGUGACCUCCUGGAAGACUUGAGGAGUUUUAGCCAAAAGAGGGCAGCUGUUGAGAGAGACUACGCCCAGGCUUUGCAGAAGUUGGCGAAUCAGUAUCUAAAGCGGGAAUGGCCCGACAGUGUGACAGAAGAACAAGCUGACCACAGGAACAUGUACUGUGUGUGGAGGGCGUAUCUGGAGGGCACGGUCCAGGUCACCCAGUCCAGAAUCAGUACCUGCGAUAACUACAAAGUCCAGGUCGCAGAUCCGGCUAAGACGGCCAGGCUGCAGAAGGAGCAGCAGCUGAGGAAGUGCAUCGAGCAGCUGACGGUGGCUCAGGCUGAGCUGCAGGAGACGGUGAAGGAGCUGACGAAGAGCAGGAAGAAAUACCAGGAGACGGAGAUGAUGGCUCAGGCCGUCAGGGAGAAGGCAGAGCUGGACGCCAAGUCCAAGUUAAGUCUGUUCCAGUCCAGAUCCAGUCUGCAGAGAGCAAGCGUGAAGCUGAAAGCCAAGAGGAGCGAAUGUAACUCCAAAUCUACCCACGCCAGAAACGAAUACCUUCUCACGUUAGCAGCCGCCAACGCUCACCAGCAGCGCUACUACGACACGGACCUUGUGGACUGCAUCAAGGUGUUAGACGGCAGAAUCUAUGAGCAGGUAAAGGAUUACCUGGUGGCGAUGUGUCAGACGGAGCUGGAAACUUACCAGGCCGUCCACGACACCUUCAACCAGCUGCUCAACAGCUCACACGGGGUGCUGCAGGAUUUUCACCAGCAGCUGUUUGCACAGAAGAACCCGAUGUUUCAGCGAGCUCUGGACUUCAUGUACCAGCCCAUCGACUCUGAUACGGUGAUGCAGCUGCAGAAGGAGAGCGGGACGACGGAGGAGCACAGUCUGGACAAGGAGGCCAGGAAAUGGGCGAGUCGCGUGGCCCGAGAAUACAAGAGCGUCAUCCACACACAGAGGGCUCUGGAAGAAUACGGGACGCAGGAGUCGUCAGAGCAAAUCAACAGUGAGCUGGAGACGAAGAUGGAGGUGGCCAGACAGAGUCUGAGGAGGGCAGAGACGGUGAAGGUGAAAGCAGAGGCUCGCCUGGACUUGCUGAGGCAGGCGGGAGUCGCCGUGGAGACGUGGCUGAAGAGCGCGAUGAACCAGGUGAUGGAGGAGCUGGAGAACGAACGCUGGAACGCCCUCAACACCCAUGAUCCUUCACUCUCUGGGACGGCAGAUUUGGAGCGAGAGGACGAGGAGGAGAUGGAGGACAGCGGUGAGGUGUUGGACGACAGCAGCUCCAGUCCGUCCAGCACUUUGAAAAACUAUCCGCUCACCUGCAAAGUGCUCUACUCAUACAAGUCGUCUCAGCCAGAUGAACUGACCAUCGAGGAGCAGGAAAUCUUAGAGGUCAUAGAUGAUGGCGACAUGGAGGACUGGGUGAAGGCCAGAAACCGCAGUGGACAGGUCGGCUACGUCCCGGAGAAAUACCUGCAGCUGCCGUCGUCCAACAGCCUGCUGAGUAUGCUGCAGUCUCUGGCUGCGCUGGACGCCCGCUCCCAUUCCUCCAGCAACUCCACCGAACCCGAGAUCGAGCUACCGACCGGCUCCGUCAACGGAGACUCCAACGUGUCAUUUGCGAAGGCCUUGUACGACUACGCGGCACAAACGGAAGACGAGCUGUCGUUCCCGGAGGGCGCCAUCAUCCGCAUCCUGAGCAGAGAGACCCACGAGGACGACGGCUUCUGGGAGGGAGAGUUCAACGGCAUCGUCGGCGUCUUCCCGGCCGUGCUGGUGGAGGACCUCGUCUGUCUCAGCGAGAACGGAGACGGACAAAGAGAAGGCAGCGCACAGGCGUCUCCCUCCCCUCUGGCUCAGUGCGAUCGAUCUCCCCGUAGUCCCUUCCAGCCCGGUCCUCUCCACAGCAGUCCCCUGCAGACGCCCACCAUGUCGUCGCCUCUGGCCAGUCCCUGCAGCGCCACAGCGUCUCCCAUCGGCCGCCCGCCCGCCUAUCACAACGGGCAUCACAGGCCGCCGCCAGCGCCACACAAAAGCCCCUUUCAGAGUCCAUCACAGGGUUCACCACAACCUCCUAAAUACCCAGAGAGCACAGCAGGCUCCAUCCGACCGGUCCGCGCUGCUCCUCCGCCCCCGAAGCAGCAUCCUCGUGGGCAGGUAAAGCGGAGAGAGGAGGUGGAGAUCACGCUGGUGUGACCACGUCACCCUGGUGGUGGCAGCAGCAGCAGCAGCAGCAGCAGCAGCAGCGGUGGCAGCGACUUCUCCUCAAACCAGUUGGUAUUUGGCGCCUCUGCGCUUUUAAACACACUCCCAAAGGAAACUUAAAAGAGGAAACUUAAACCCCCCUGAAGACACGUCCACUCUGUCCUCAGAGGGUCAGUGAGCUGUGGAGGACGACUGUGUCUUUAUCCUCCUCUCAGUGUUUCUCAUGUCUCAGACUCCCUUUCCCAACAUUUGUCUCAUAUUUGAAAAUAGACAGAAAACGAUGAGGGUUUUCUCCAGGUUCUCUGGUGUCCUCCCACAGUCAGUCCAAAAACAUGCAGAUUUGUCUCUACGUGUGUCCCUGUGAUGGACUGAUGGACCUGUCUGGGGUGUGACCCAGCCUUUUCACCCCAAUGUCAGCUGGAAUUGGCACCAGCGCCUCCUCAUGUGGAGGAUAAAGCGGGAGAAGAUGAGUGAGUGAGUGAGUGAGAGUGAAAAUUCUGAAAAAAUAUGCAGCUCAUUUUCCUGCGAUGCAGACGUGAAUCGAUGAACAACUGAUUUAUUGCAUUGAGACUUUAAAACACGUAAUUACUUGUUUUUAAUCACGUCAGUUUCAAAUCGGUAUGUUUUCUGGCAAAAGCGUCAGAGGAGAAGAUUGAUGCCAGUUUCAUUUCUGUUUUUAAACACAAACCUUUGAACAAAUAGACUGUGGUGAAAUGUUCCACACAGUUUAUUUACUCAACCGUCAAGACAUAAACACCUUCUUUUUCCUGCAAUGUUAAAGAAAAAAGGGGAAUAUUUAAUUAAUUGAUCAACAAUACGAAAGAAAACCACGCUUCAGUAACCUUUAAUACAUGGAAUUCAUGAAUUCCAAUACAAGCAGUCUGUGUUUUUUCUGUUUUUUAAAGGUUUUCUUUGCAGUGCAGUUAGCUUUUGCUGGAGUUACAGUAACUGUAUGCAAAGUAGUUGUAGUGGAACGACCAAUAGGGGGCGCCCUCUCUUUCUUUGAAGACUGUAAACACACCAAGUGCCCUGUUCCCACCGACUGAACCUUUAAUACAUGUACUAAUGAAUUUCAGUACAAACAGACUAAAGGUUCCCCCUGUUUCCAGUCUGUAUGCUAAAAUAAGCUAAGCUAAUUCCCUCUUGCCUUCACUUUUAAUAUGUUUACCACACAAACACAAAAGGCAUCAAUCUUCUAAUUCUGUGCACGAAAGGAAAUCAUUUAUUUAAAAAAAAAAAAGAAAUGCUUGCAUUUGAAUUUGCAUAUUAUUGAUAAUAAUCUCUAUAAUAGAGAUUAGCGAACUGAAAGCAUAGCAAACGUAUAGUUGAGCCCAGUAAUCCACGACUUGCGUGGUUUCCGUAAACCUGGCGUUGGCGUGCCCACAGUUUUCCACAGUUUUGUCCACAAUCCUCGUACUUCUAUGCAACAGAGUUUAGAGUUAUUUGGCAGGAUGUCGCAUUUUUGUCGUGAACAUGCAGCUUCAACGCAAAAAACCAAAAGUCCCGCCGUCUCCACUCCACUCGAUUAAAAACGCCAGCGCCGGGCGAGGCUGGUCCUCGCCAAGAAAAACACACACAGCGCAACUGCACCGCGCAGUUACGUAUUACGUAAACAAGGGAAAAGUGGCAAUUUUACUUACGUGAUAGUUUGAAUCUCCUAGGAAAAAAAAAAUUUAAAGUUUAAAUCCUUUGCAUUUAUAAUGGUUCUUUUUUUUUUUCUUCUUCUCCUAGUCGUCGUUUUCUUUGCACCAAAAGUUAAGGAAUUCUUGAACAUUUAAGGGAGAGACGUAGUGCGUACAUACAUAGUCUAACUUUUCUUUUUUCCUCUUGUGUUGUAAAAUAAAAAGAUCUAGAAAAUUGUUAUUAUGACUCUUAUGUUGCCAGUAAGGUUUGACUGGUUUGUUGAGGAGUGGGUUGCCGUUGGCGACGGUUAACACUGAGAUUUAUGUGCAGUUUAAACGCGCCUUCUUCAUUUUUUUUUAACGGAGGAAACCAUCCUGAGCUGCUAGCUAGUCCAGAUUAAGAGAAAAUAAGAAUCCAUAGUGAAGCACUUUUUUGACGUCUUCUUAUUCCUUUUCAGUAUUGUGGAUGCUACGUUUGUUUUGUUCAACAUUUCUUGUUUGACGUUUUUUGUUUACCAGCUAUAUUGGUAUAAAUAUUUUCCUUUUAUCGGCUCUUGCGUUAUUUAGCCUUAAAUAAAUAGCCAUUGUAGUGUCUUUUGAUUUUCUUUUUUUUUUUUUUUUUUAAUAUUAAUAGUUUACAGAGAGCUUGGAGAUGGAUAUCUGUACAAAUAAUAGCACAGCUUUUUUGUUUUUGUUUGUUUUUUCUGUUUUUUAAAUUUAGAAUUAGAUUAAAAAAAAUAAUAAUAAUAAAAAAAACAACCUUUUAAAGCCGUAGUCGGAUUCGAUCAGAGGAAAAGAGAUAUCUGUCGGCCAUGUCGCUGUGUUCUCGUUGAUCUCCUUGAGAUCUGAAUGACAUCAAACUUAUUUUUGAAGUUUGCAUUUACCCUGUUGUAUUAACAAAAAAACUAUAUUACAAAACAGAUCUCUUUUUUUCCCCAACAGAGACGUUUAUUUUUUUUUGUUUUUGUUAACUUGCUACUGGUCCUGAUUCCACGUUAAGUCUGAAUCUGAAAUUCAGUUCCCUCGUUUUACAGUGUCAGCUGUUGAGUUUCAUAUUUACACACCAGUGUAUGUUCAAUUGUAUUUAUUGUGUACAAAUAAAUGUGAAAUAAAGAUAGAUAACAUGACAGAAACAAGACU